AUGUCGACCCUCAAGCGCAAGGCUGCCGCCGAGGCCGGCUCGGAGCCAAAGAAAAUCAAGCAGGCUGGCAUCAUGUCCUUUUUUGGGACAGCCAGCAAGUCCUCGGAUAGCAACAGCAAUAAUAAUAACAACAACAGCACGAACGACUCCGAGCCUGCCCCCAAAUUUGACAAGGCCAAAUGGGUGGCCAGCCUGACUCCCGAGCAGCGGAAACUGCUGCAGCUCGAGAUCGAUACCCUGCACGAGAGCUGGCUCGCCCUGCUCAAGGACGAGCUCGUCACCAAGGAGUUCCUCGAGCUGAAGCGUUUCCUCGAGCGUGAGACCGCUGCUGGUAAGCAGUGGUUCCCUCCGAAGGAGGAUGUUUACAGUUGGUCCCGCUACACCCCUUUUAACAACGUCAAGGUCGUCAUCCUUGGCCAAGACCCUUACCACAACUACAACCAAGCCCACGGCCUGGCCUUCUCGGUCAAACCUCCCACCCCGGCUCCCCCUUCCCUUAAAAAUAUGUACAUCGCCCUGAAAAACGACUACCCCCUCUUCCGCGAGCCCCCCAACCGCGGUGGCCUUCUCACACCCUGGGCCCAGCGCGGCGUGCUCAUGCUCAAUACCUGCCUUACCGUACGCGCCCAUGAGCCCAACUCCCACAGCAACCGGGGCUGGGAGCGCUUCACACAGCGGGUGAUUGACUUGGUCGCUCAGCGCCGCACGCGCGGCGUAGUCUUCAUGGCGUGGGGCACGCCCGCCAGCAAGAGGGUCAUGAAGAUCGACACGAAGCGUCACCUCGUGCUCAAGGCGGUGCACCCUAGCCCGUUGAGCGCGGCCCGCGGCUUCUUCACAUGCCACCAUUUCAAGCUCGCGAACGACUGGCUCGAGGAGCGAUACGGCAAGGAAAAGGGGCCGAUUGACUGGGCGUUGAUCGAGGGAGACAGCGUGUUUGAGGAUAAGCAGCCGCCGCUGGGGAGUCCCGCAGCAAAAAAGCGGGAGGAGGAGGAGCAGCAGCAGAGGACACCUAAGAAGGGGAGCUUGACGGAGAAGGUGGAGGAGGUGGUUAAGGCGUCGGUGUUGGGACGGAAUGUGAAGGAGACGAUUGCAAGUGUGAUGGAGGAGAAGAAGAGGGAAGUUGAGGAGAAGGAGAAGGGGGAGGAGAAUGUUGCGCCUAAAGCUGAGGCUUAG